AUGUCUCUCUGUCAGGCUCAGAAUUUUGCCAUGUCGAAUAAUGUUGUUAAUCCACUUCUCUAUGCCUGGUUGAAUCCAACGUUCCGAAAGCUCGUCGUCAGCACGAUUUUUGGUAGCGUCGCGAAGCGAGGGAGCUCCAGAAUGAUCAAUCGACCGUGGGUGUAUAGAAGUUUACCACCGAAGAGUCAAACCGAGAAAAAGAACAACUCGCAAACGCCUGUCACUGCAGAAACGUUAAUGACCAAUGUACCGUCUAAGUUGAAAGAAUUGAGCUUGGUCACAAAUGAGUACAACCUCCAAACAAAGCAAAUGACAACGCAGUCAGAUUCGAAACUAAUUGAGUACGACGAUGGAGACACUUUUGUCUAA